AUGUCGCUCUCCCCAAUAUUCUGUGCUCCUGUGUACGUGAUCUCCCAUACUUCCCCUUGUCUGUGGCGGUCAUUGUACCUUAGAACUCUCUCAACAGUGGUGCCGUGUGUGAGCAAGGUGCUGGGGCGAGACAGAGUGAGAGAGAUGGUACUGGCUCGACAGGAUCCACUCCUCUCCCAAAAUUCCAAAGACCGUCUCCUCACCACCAUUGAUGGUUCCCUGGAGUUCGCCAACGCUAGAGAGAAGAGCAAGGCCAUCUGGGAAGGGACAAUGCGGGAGGUGAACAUGGUGGCUGAGAUGGGUGGUCAGGCACCUAACCCUGUCAUGCUGAGGCAUCAGGGGCGUACCCAGUGCCACCUGCUGAGUGGUGCCAACCCAGGUAAACCACUCGUUAUUAACUUCGGAUCAUCCACUUGUCCCGUCUUCAUGGCCAACCUGGAGAAAUUCCGCGAGUUGACGGAGGAGUUCUGUGAGGUGGCAGACUUCGUGUUGGUGUACACUGCUGAGGCGCACCCCAGCGAUGGCUGGGCCCUCAGAGACAACAUCAAGGUAGCCAAACACAGAACGUUGGACGAGAGGUACCUAGCAGCUCAGAAGAUGUUGAAACUGGAACCUGUCAAGUGCCCUGUCAUGCUGGACCGCCUGGAUGAUGAGGCUAAUAAGGCCUACGGUGCCCUCCCUGAGCGUCUCUAUAUCAUCCUGGACGGUGUUAUUGUCUACAUGGGGCAGCAGGGACCAGUAGGUUAUAAGGUAAGUGAAGUAGAGUUCUGGCUGGACGACUACAGGUCACAGUUAAGUUAGUGGCGACACUCAGGUCAGAGGAAGGAAAUAAGAACAGUGUUCAACUGUUGGUGAAGAUAACAACAACGGGACACACGAGCAACACAACUGUUGGUGAAGAUAACAACAACGGGACACACGAGCAACACAACUGUUGGUCAAGAUAACAACAACGGGACACACGAGCAACACAACUGUUGGUGAAGAUAACACCAACAGGACACACGAGCAACACAACUGUUGGUGAAGCAGAAGCACCUGGACGCGGGGGCAACACGCGACCACUGGUUCUAAUUGGAGAUCUUUGGAUGAACAACCUAUUUUGUCUAAUUUUUCUAUUGCAAAUAAUUCAUUUACCCACGAAAAAAAAAAUAUAGUGAGAAUAUCAAAGCAUCUUUGGUUAUUAAU